GUUAUAAAUCUCAUCCGUUGUGUAGCAAUCCGUUCAGUUGCUCUGUGUGUUUUGAAUCAAUAGCUUCGAUGCAUAGCUUGUGUAGGCAUUAUCAUAUAGGUGGAAACAUGUUAAAGUGCAUUUGCUUAGGAUUGCUUCUGUUAGUGAUAGAUACAUUUGGAUGUGAUAUCCCAACACGGCACUACAAAACUAUGAAAUGUGUGCCGGUCGGAUCAAACGCAUCUGGUUGUCCAUCCAGAUACGAAUGCCCAAGCUUGACCAAUCACGAUAAUUCCAAGUGUUAUUUUAAUGGAAAAUCGUAUGCACUGAACGAACAAGUCCCCAACGAAUUAGUUAAUCCAUACUGUUCGGUUCUAUGCUACUGUCAAAGUGGCUCACCUUUUGCAAAAUUUGUUUGCACACACAUAGAUUGCCCCGAAUUCUUCAACGGUAUUGAUCGUCAAAAUUGCAUUGCUACGUAUAAACCAGAUCGGUGCUGUUCAACAGGAUCAGUUUGCGGUGAUGACAGGAAAAAACUUGCGAGGUGCAUCAACCAGAACAAAGUAUCCUUAGCAGGUGAACGAAUGUAUCCAUCAUCGAACAAAUGCUUAAAGUGCAUCUGCCAUGCCGGCUACAAUGAGACAAAUGCUGCUAACGACCCCAAUUGCUAUGAAACUGUAUGCGGUUUCGAAUUAUUCUACGCCACCCAAGUCUACAACGGGGCCGCUCCCGUAUACUACGACGAUCAUUGCUGCCCCUGGGAGUGGAGAAUGCCUAAGGACUCAGACCGGUUGGUGACUGGCAAGCAAAAAACGAAAGAUUCUGCACUAACAUGCAAGUACGGAAAGUUGACGAUGAAUGUUGGCGACUCAUUGGUUCCUGAAGUUACAGAUCAGUACACCUACAAGUGUUCUUGUCAAAUUCCUCCUUUGGCUCAGUGCACUAUGGAAAAAAACAAAAAGUAAUUUUGAAUGUCGUAUAGGUACCUGAUUUUUUUUUCUGACGGAAAUAAAAAACAAUACAUAAUAUGAAAUUAUUUUUUAAUAAUACUUGAACAGUUACAUUUGUAUAACCUCGUGUCCCAAUAAAACAUACUUCAUUUCUUUAUAACUUU